AUGUAUUCCUCCAAUACUGUAAUCGUGUUGAGCCUUUUGUCUGCCGUCUCAGGCGCUGCUCCGACUGCCUCAGAAGACACUGCAGGUCGAUACCCCUCGUCCUCCGUCGAAGCCCGAGAUGCCCUACCCGGAAUAAGCUGGCUGUAUGCAUCUGCCGAGUGUCAACCAUGGCAGUACGACAAUCUCGUCCGCGCCUUCACCGACGUGAGCCAGUUAAGCAUCGCAGACAACGCGAUACCGGAAGGCAACAACCCUGAGUUCGAGGACUUCUUCGGCCAAGGAUAUACAGGCAACCAAGGCGCAUUAUUUUGGGAGAUUUUCGACAACCUCAAUCGCGCUGCCAUGUUCCCAUCAACAGGCGAAGGCGGUGUGACUCCCGCAACAAAGAUAUAUCCCAGAUGCAACGACGUGGCAAACCACUGCUCCAGCCAGGCAAAAGUCUCCGCCUACACCGGUGACGCAUCUCUAUACAGCGGGCCCCCCGGCGCCUUCAUCGUCCUCUGCCCAUUCUUCUGGACCAGGGACUUCCCGCACCUUCUGGACCGCGUCGCUGGCACGCCCACCAACUCCCUGAACUCCCUCAUGACGCAGGAACACAUCGUCCUGCACGAGCUCAUGCACGCGAACGCAAUCUCCUAUGGCCCUGACGGCGGCGCAUACGACAUCCUGGACCUCAAGAGUCCCCUUCCCGGCGAAUCGGACAACCCAAACAUCCCGGGGAGUAUAUCGUCUGUGGCCGUGUACGGCGUGCAGCGUUGCAAGAAGUUCGCGGCGAAGGGGUCGCCGAAUAUUAGGACGAGAAAGAAUGCGGAUAAUUAUGCGUGGUUUGCGAGUGGGUAUUACUUCUCGAAGGCGUGGGGCGUGGCUGUUGAUGGGGGCGAGAAUAUCUUGCCACCGGCGGAGGAUCCAACUGGCUUUCUGGAGGUUAACGACGGCACUGUGUAUGGGGAUGAUUUGGUUGAGGAUGAGGAUGUAUGA